UCCAUCCAGGUCACUCCAGAUCCAAGGUUAUAUGUGUUGUUCAUCCAGGUCACUCCAGACCCUACUCCAUCCAGGUCACUCCAGACCCUACUCCAUCCAGGUCACUCCAGACCCUACUCCAGCCAGGUCACUCCAGACCCUACUCCAGCCAGGUCACUCCAGACCCUACUCCAUCCAGGUCACUCCAGACCCUGCUCCAUCCAGGUCACUCCAGACCCUACUCCAUCCAGGUCACUCCAGACCCUACUCCAUCCAGGUCACUCCAAACCCUACUCCAGACCCUACUCCGGCCAGGUCACUCCAGACCCUACUCCGGCCAGGUCACUCCAGACCCUACUCCGGCCAGGUCACUCCAGACCCUACUCCGGCCAGGUCACUCCAGACCCUACUCCGGCCAGGUCACUCCAGACCCUACUCCGGCCAGGUCACUCCAGACCCUACUCCGGCCAGGUCACUCCAGACCCUACUCCAGCCAGGUCACUCCAGACCCUACUCCAGCCAGGUCACUCCAGACCCUACUCCAGCCAGGUCACUCCAGACCCUACUCCAGCCAGGUCACUCCAGACCCUACUCCAUCCAGGUCACUCCAGACCCUACUCCAUCCAGGUCACUCCAGACCCUACUCCAUCCAGGUCACUCCAGACCCUACUCCAGCCAGGUCACUCCAGACCCUACUCCAUCCAGGUCACUCCAAACCCUACUCCAGACCCUACUCCAGCCAGGUCACUCCAAACCCUACUCCAGACCCUACUCCAGCCAGGUCACUCCAAACCCUACUCCAGACCCUACUCCAGCCAGGUCACUCCAGACCCUACUCCAGCCAGGUCACUCCAGCCAGGUCACUCCAGACCCUACUCCAUCCAGGUCACUCCAAACCCUACUCCAGACCCUACUCCAGCCAGGUCACUCCAGCCAGGUCACUCUAGACCCUACUCUAGCCAGGUCACUCCAGACCCUACUCCAGCCAGGUCACUCCAGACCCUACUCCAUCCAGGUCACUCCAGAUCCAAGGUUAUAUGUGUUGUUCAUCCAGGUCACUCCAGACCCUACUCCAUCCAGGUCACACCAGACCCUACUCCAUCCAGGUCACUCCAAACCCUACUCCAGACCCUACUCCAGUCAGGUCACUCCAGACCCUACUCCAGCCAGGUCACUCCAGACCCUACUCCAGCCAGGUCACUCCAGACCCUACUCCAGCCAGGUCACUCCAGACCCUAAUCCAGCCAGGUCACUCCAGACCCUACUCCAUCCAGGUCACUCCAGACCCUACUCCAUCCAGGUCACUCCAGACCCUACUCCGGCCAGGUCACUCCAGCCAGGUCACUCCAGACCCUACUCCAUCCAGGUCACUCCAAACCCUACUCCAGACCCUACUCCAGCCAGGUCACUCCAAACCCUACUCCAGACCCUACUCCAGCCAGGUCACUCCAAACCCUACUCCAGACCCUACUCCAGCCAGGUCACUCCAGACCCUACUCCAGCCAGGUCACUCCAGCCAGGUCACUCCAGACCCUACUCCAUCCAGGUCACUCCAAACCCUACUCCAGACCCUACUCCAGCCAGGUCACUCCAAACCCUACUCCAGACCCUACUCCAGCCAGGUCACUCCAAACCCUACUCCAGACCCUACUCCAGCCAGGUCACUCCAGACCCUACUCCAGCCAGGUCACUCCAGCCAGGUCACUCCAGACCCUACUCCAGCCAGGUCACUCCAGCCAGGUCACUCCAGACCCUACUCCAGCCAGGUCACUCCAGCCAGGUCACUCCAGACCCUACUCCAUCCAGGUCACUCCAAACCCUACUCCAGACCCUACUCCAGCCAGGUCACUCCAAACCCUACUCCAGACCCUACUCCAGCCAGGUCACUCCAGACCCUACUCCAGACCCUACUCCAGCCAGGUCACUCCAGACCCUACUCCAGCCAGGUCACUCCAGACCCUACUCCAUCCAGGUCACUCCAGACCCUACUCCAUCCAGGUCACUCCAGACCCUACUCCAUCCAGGUCACUCCAGACCCUACUCCAUCCAGGUCACUCCAGACCCUACUCCAUCCAGGUCACUCCAAACCCUACUCCAGACCCUACUCCGGCCAGGUCACUCCAGCCAGGUCACUCCAGACCCUACUCUAGCCAGGUCACUCCAGACCCUACUCCAGCCAGGUCACUCCAGACCCUACUCCAUCCAGGUCACUCCAGAUCCAAGGUUAUAUGUGUUGUUCAUCCAGGUCACUCCAGACCCUACUCCAUCCAGGUCACUCCAGACCCUACUCCAUCCAGGUCACUCCAAACCCUACUCCAGACCCUACUCCAGCCAGGUCACUCCAGACCCUACUCCAGCCAGGUCACUCCAGACCCUACUCCAUCCAGGUCACUCCAGACCCUACUCCAUCCAGGUCACUCCAGACCCUACUCCAUCCAGGUCACUCCAGACCCUACUCCAUCCAGGUCACUCCAAACCCUACUCCAACCAGGUCACUCCAAACCCUACUCCAACCAGGUCACUCCAAACCCUACUCCAGACCCUACUCCGGCCAGGUCACUCCAGCCAGGUCACUCCAGAUCCUACUCCAGCCAGGUCACUCCAGACCCUACUCCAGCCAGGUCACUCCAGACCCUACUCCGGCAAGGUCACUCCAGACCCUACUCCAUCCAGGUCACUCCAGACCCUACUCCAUCCAGGUCACUCCAAACCCUACUCCAGACCCUACUCCGGCCAGGUCGCUCCAGACCCUACUCCGGCCAGGUCGCUCCAGACCCUACUCCGGCCAGGUCGCUCCAGACCCUACUCCGGCCAGGUCGCUCCAGACCCUACUCCGGCCAGGUCGCUCCAGACCCUACUCCGGCCAGGUCGCUCCAGACCCUACUCCGGCCAGGUCGCUCCAGACCCCACUCCGGCCAGGUCACUCCAGACCCCACUCCGGCCAGGUCACUCCAGACCCCACUCCGGCCAGGUCACUCCAGACCCCACUCCGGCCAGGUCACUCCAGACCCCACUCCGGCCAGGUCACUCCAGACCCUACUCCGGCCAGGUCACUCCAGACCCUACUCCAUCCAGGUCACUCCAGACCCUACUCCAUCCAGGUCACUCCAAACCCUACUCCAUCCAGGUCACUCCAAACCCUACUCCAGACCCUACUCCGGCCAGGUCACUCCAUCCAGGUCACUCCAGACCCUACUCCAUCCAGGUCACUCCAGACCCUACUCCAUCCAGGUCACUCCAAACCCUACUCCAGACCCUACUCCGGCCAGGUCACUCCAGCCAGGUCACUCCAGACCCUACUCUAGCCAGGUCACUCCAGACCCUACUCCAUCCAGGUCACUCCAGACCCUACUCCAUCCAGGUCACUCCAGAUCCAAGGUUAUAUGUGUUGCUCAUCCAGGUCACUCCAGACCCUACUCCAUCCAGGUCACUCCAGACCCUACUCCAUCCAGGUCACUCCAGACCCUACUCCAUCCAGGUCACUCCAAACCCUACUCCAGACCCUACUCCGGCCAGGUCACUCCAGCCAGGUCACUCCAGAUCCUACUCUAGCCAGGUCACUCCAGACCCUACUCCGGCCAGGUCACUCCAGACCCUACUCCGGCCAGGUCACUCCAGACCCUACUCCAUCCAGGUCACGCCAAACCCUACUCCAGACCCUACCCCGGCCAGGUCACUCCAGACCCUACUCCAGCCAGGUCACUCCAAACUCUACUCCGGCCAGGUCACUCCAGAUCCAAGGUUAUAUGUGUUGUUCAUCCAGGUCCCCAGUACGUCAGGAGAUGCCUCUAAAACCGGCCACUAGGGGCAACGGUGAGUGCUAUUACCAUCAAGUAAGGUGUUGUGGACGCCGGGUGGGCGUAAAGCCUCAAGCUCCGGCUCCGAGGGUCCCGUGUUCAAUCCCAGUGCCAGGCACUCAUUAUAUAUUGUUUAGAUUCAACCCUAUCCCUUACCUUAACCCUUAGGAAUUAAUGCCCAAAUGUAACCGUCAUAAUUCAAUUCACUACAGACAUAUAGACAAUGUUCACACACACUCUAACCUGG